CGAAUGUUUUAAAAUAAGUGAGCUCCAUGUUAAACAUGAUUUCUCCUUGCACAUUCAUUGUGAGGUAUUUCGUGGGAGCCGACAGCCGGCCUUGCACAAUGUAUACCCACAUCUUAUACUUAUCUUUAAUUACAUUAAUUUGCUCAUGUGCCGCAAGAAGGGAAUAUUUGAGAGAUGAAGAAGACGACGACAUCGGCAACUUGCAAGUGAGAUCAAAGUAUAACUUGACCCAUGCACCAACGACCACAGGUCGUUCAUUGAAAGGUGAAAUGGUUGUAGAAAAGUUUGUCGACACACUGAUGGCUAGCGAAAGAUAUCUUAAAAUGGUCGAAUCCGUAGAAAAAAAGAUCAAUCAUUUAGAUGCUAACUUUCAUGAUAGGACAAAUACAAUAUUGAAAUAUUUGGCUGAGGUUUUAAGAAUUGCUAAAACUGCCGCGACGCCGCAAGACGUAAUGGAGAAAACUUUAAGGAGUCUGAAACAUGAUUUGGACAAAUUGCAACAAGCUGUUUCCGAAAAAGUAAAGGUCUUACCAAAAAUGAGAGUGGAAGGAGGCGAGUAUCAAGUGGACGCCUCGCUAGACAACCGGCUCGCGUAUUUAGAGAGUCACAUGAAAAACAUAAUGUCGAGCAUCGAAUCCAUUGCAUCUGUUAUAUCAGAAGUAAAAUCCCGUCAGAGCGCUCGAAUAGUCGCAAAAACUGAUGUUGGAGGAUCCUUGGAAGCCAUUGGCCUAAUUUCAGAGUUUAGAAGAGCGCUGCAAGAACAAAAAACGAAAAAGUGUGACUGCAAGUUUGGACGAGUAGACCGCAUUGAAAGGUACCCGACGGAUUGUCAAGAAAUUCAAAUGCAAGGGUUUAAUGUGUCCGGAAUCUACAAGAUUCGUCCGGAUGAUAUGGAGCCCUUCUAUGUACUUUGCGAUCUUAGCACGGUUGGCGGAGGUUGGACUGUCAUACAGAAUCGCUUUGACGGUUCGCAAGACUUCUACAAGAGCUGGUCCGACUAUAAGCAUGGUUUUGGAAACUUAGCUGGCGAGUUCUGGCUCGGACUGGAAAAGAUUAAUUACCUCACGAACCAAAAGCUUUACGAAUUAAGGAUCGAAAUGGAAGCUCAGACGGGGCAAGAGGUGUCGGCAUCGUAUUCCGUCUUCACUGUUGGGCCGGAGUAUGAGGGAUACAGAAUAAGUACGUUAGGGUCUUAUCGAGGAAACGCUGGUGAUUCAUUAUCAUACCACGCGGGGCAGAAGUUCUCGACUUAUGACGUAGACAAUGACGAGUGGAGAGACGGUGCGUGUGCGGUGGAACACGGUGGCUCGUGGUGGUAUAAGGAAUGCGAUAAAAGUAACUUGAAUGGCAAAUACACGACAUCAGAUGAGCACCACGGUCAGUCGAUAUACUGGAUCUCGUUCAUGGGGCCGAGCACUCCGCUCGCCAAAACGAGGAUGAUGAUACGACCCCUGCCGGCCAGCCGGCCCACAGAUGCUGAACAAUCAAGGAAAAUUCUCGAAGCACCGAAACCGAGGCCGAACGAGAAACAAAAGCCGCCUCACAAAGACGUGAGAGGCCCCUACGACAUGGGCCGAGCGCGUCCGCCCUACCGCUUCGAGGAUAAUGUGCACGCGGAAGGAUUCUUCCCGACUUAUGCUUAAAUAUACAUACAAUAUUAACGGAUAUAAAAACCCUUAUUGCAGCCAAUGAUUAUGUUAUAUUUAUAUGAAGCAGUAUGAAGUCACUAGUUUUUGACAAACAAAAUUAUCAGUGGAUUUUCUGAGAAAUUGUUGCAGAUUUACCUACAUUUUUCGUUCAGGUAGUAUAAAAUCUGUGUGAUGCUCCUUCAUUUAAAUAUCUAUUAUACACAAUAUUUACGCUGAAUAUAGGGUUUUUGUAUAUAAACGUCUUCAAUGCAUUAUUUUAGCUCUGUUUCUUUUACAGCUCCUAAAUUUCAAUGUUUGUUAAAACAUUAUAUUAUGUGAAUAUUGAAAUUGGAUGCAAAUAAAGUUUUA